CAUAAGUUAAAUUUGAUAUAUGCUUGAAAGCCAGUUCCUGAUCUCCAUGAUUUAUAUGAACACUGUGUAGGCAGGACCAUUUAGACCUUAACGUCAUCGCCCGGAACCUUUUUCCUACAUGUCUUUCAUUCAGAGUCAUUCCGCCGUGUUCCCGUGUUCCGGAAGUUGACUUUAUAGAGUUCUUUCUACUAAUGCCGUGAAGGCCAACCGAUCGAUAUUAUCGGUAAUACGCCAGGUUACAGUUUUACGUUGUGCUUUGCAUAGCAAUACACUGUCAGAGAAAACCACAUCUUUCUAUCGAUAUAGGGCCAAAAAUUGCACUGCUGCGACUGCGAGCACUGAGUCAUCAGGUCCAACUAGACAGAUUGCGCGUUUUGUGGAUUGCCGCGUACUAUUAUUUACACUUUACCCCACUCAAACAUCCGAAAUUUUUAUAUAAAUUUACAUUCCUGUCAAUAUUUUCAAGAACAAUUUCGCAAUUGUUUGCAGAAACAAGAAAAUGAAUGCGAAAGCCGGAUAGAGAAAAGUAAAAGAGUAUUUAUUGCGGUAGUUGCCAUACAAAUGCACACACGUUGUAUAAAGCCGCCUGUGCUGCCUCUGCAAAGUCUUGUGGGUAGAAAUAUGUAAAUUUAUUGCUUGUUGAAGCGUAGCUGGCAAGUAGCGAAAUCUUUCUCCGCGGCUGUGUUAAACACGUACAUUGUAUUUCGCAUUUUACACUCGGUAUUCCUGCCGCGUUUUUCCAAAAAAGUACAGUAGAACUUUGAUAAAAUGGCCACGGAAACUGAGCGAAAACGGUAGGUUAAAUGAAGUGUAAAUACGACUUGCUUUGAAAUGUAUAUUCGAAGCGAACUCAACAUGACCGCGCCGCUCGCUUGACCAACACAGGAAUUUCUUUCUUAUGUUUUAGAUUCCAUCUUGAAACUAUAAUUGAGCACAUCAGUGAAGAAACAACGUCAGGACGUGCUGUUUCACCAGAAAUGACUUUGGUAAGCUAGAAAUGAUUUCGCAAGUGAAAACAUUGUGUAUUCAGUGUCGCUUUAGCACGGAGACUGGCGCAGCCGCUAUUUAAAAUAACGUUAAAUAUCCUUCAAAAUUUACCCAAGCGAUAUGCGUUUGUCUUGGCACGAACUGUGAGAAGCUUUCCUUAGAGACGUAAUAUGAUAUUCGAGAUAAUUUUACAAUAUCCGUGUACAAUUUCAAACCGCGCGAAAGAUCUUGUGUUUAAGACGUGACUUGUAGUUCUUGGAUCAUAUUUUAUACUCUUGGCUCUCAGCUCAGUUGUAUAGCGUGGCGAUAGUUGUGGCGCAGUCUCAAGAUAGUGCGGUCUAAAGCAAGAUUUCUACUUAGGUAUUGCGUUUUUACUUUGUUUUAUUGUUUGUACUAUUUCUCAGGUGACUUGGGGGCAUUUAAAGAUCUUUAAACUGUGGUAAUUUACUUUGUACGUGGUCAAAUUUUCGCGAGGCAAAGCGAAAAGCGGCGUUGGUUAUACUUACAAUUUAUUCAAAUAUUCUGACACCGUAUGCAAAAUAGACAUUGGCAAGAAAUUAUAAUCACCUCUUGUGUAUGUAAAUUUGAUUGGCUUCAAGUCGAAGCCACACGCGUUCUGAACCUGCAUGUAUAUAUAGCAAAUACGCUGGAACAAAACUUUAACAUAAUUCUAAGUAUUUUUAUUCGAAAUAUUCGCCUGGUAUUCGUUCAAAUAUAUAUCCUGAUAAAUACACUGCUGUAGCGCACGUAUGUUGAUACGAAUACGAUUAACUUGAUUUUUGUGGGCUCGUAGGAAAUGGCGAGAUAAAGCGUAGUCUUUCCUGUUAGUUUGGGAGAAAUGGGUAGAAAUAUUAUUAAUGAAAAUAUAAGAUAAAAUGCCUGCCCGUUACAGCUCAACUUUUGCAUCUAUUAUAUUAAAAAGAACUCUGUUUCUUGUAAAUUAUGAAAGCUAGUUUUUUUAGAAUUAAAUAUUGCCCAAUAGACAUUACAGCAUAGGUUAUUGAUACUAUUGUCUAUUGAUAAGAGGCAAACUUUGAAAUACCCAUUAAAGUGAAACUUUAAUGGUAUUUAUUGUUGUGUAAAUGUUAUUGAUAUUUAUGGCCAUGCAUUACAUACCAUUUUGACAUGGUGCUCAGAAUAUAAAGAUUAAUUUUACUCUGGUACAUGCAUAUUGUCUAGGAGCUUUGCUGCAGGUGGCAAAGUGUGGACCUUGGGGUUUUUCAAAGAAUGAAGGGAUUUAAUCAGAAUUUGAAAUUUAACCCAUUGAGUGGCAGCACUCUCCCGCUAAUGAGUAAAAUCGUCUGGUGUUAGACAGAGUAAAAUAACAAAGUAGGGCGCAUCUGGGUGCAUUAACAGUGCAUAACAUUAAAUAGCCUGCGAGCAGGCUCUCUGGGUGAAAGAGAGCCUGCAAGGAUCCCUAUGAUAUUUUACGUGCAUGCGUCCAAUAUUUGGACGCAGAGCUCUGAUUGGUUGAUAACUGAUUCAUAUGAAGUGAUUGACAAGCUUCCAUAAAGUACACUUCCCGUUUGUAAAACCGAGCAACGCAAAGCUUCGGCAUUGCGGCAAUGUAGAGAUUUGUAUCCUUGUUGACUUUUUACUGUAAAUUAAUAUAGUAUUCAUAUAAAGACGAGUACUAAAAGCUUGCAUGCUUUAUUGUGUCCUGGGCUUGUCUAACUUCUAGGCUAAGAAAAGACUGAACAAAUUCGCAAACCGAAACGGCAAAACCUAGGGACAAGGCAUGAUAUCGCUUCUCUUUCAUGAAACAAUAUUGAGAAUUAUUCUGAUAAUAAAUUCAAUAAGGCAAGAUAUUUUCCAUUGCAUUGUUACGUUUCUGGGCCCGGAUUUGAAAAAGAAGUGGUCCGAUUUUGCUGAGAGCUGUUGCAUGAAAGUUAAGUUAGGUUGGGGGUUGACAAAACAUGGACCCCCCUUUCUGGACCCCAAUCUGGACCCCAUUCUUGACCCCAUUCUUGACCUUUUAAAAACCAACAGGCCAGAUGGUAGGACACAACUAUUUGGAUUUCAAUAUCACGAUCGAUUAAAUUCGUUUUGCUUUUUUUCGACUUUCUGAAUCCUCAAUCCUGUUCAGUGUCCUAAUCAUUUCAGUCAGCGGCAAUCGAAUCGUCAUAGGAAGGCACUUCAUCUUACUUAAAAAUGUCCAAUUCCCUACUCACAGGAGAAACCUUGAAGUCAAAUGCCCUGGGGGAUGGUGAUGUUUCGAAUGAUACAUAUUAUAUAAUCUCGUACAUUAAACAUUGCUGGGCAACGUACUGUAGUUAUUCCAAUUAGAAAUACCUUACUGCACUGGUUUUCUUGUUUCAUUUUCUUUUGAAUAGGGACAAGUAUACUUUCAGUAAACUGCAUGUUGUUUUUGUGACCUUGUAGAAUACUGUGUAAUGACAUUGUCAAUGUAGUGUCGGGUUGCUAUAAAUCAGCAAUUUACCCCUGGCCACUGCAUUUACAGCAAAAAAUGUCAACAAAUAUUGGCUUCCAAUUUAUUGUGAAUAAGCCAUGUCUUCAACAAAUGCGGGUUGGGGAGGGACUGCUUACAGCUGCGUAUGUAAUGUUUUCUUAAUUUGCAUGUUUUCUUUUGGUUCUUAAAAGGUCCAGAAAGGUUUCCAGAAUGUGGUCCAGAAAGGUAUCCAGAAUGGGAUCCAGAAUGUGGUCCAGAAGGGGGGUCCAGAAGGGGGGUCCACGUUUUGUCAACCCCCAGUUAGGUUUCAUUUAAUGAAAUAAAUGAAAACUUUGAAACUUGCUAAUUUUUACCCUAUAAAUGGGUUAUAAUGAUACAGGGGCAUGCUCCCCCAGGAAAUUUUGAAAUCUGAGACCUCCCAGAGCCCCUGAAAUGCAAUCAAAUUUACCAGUUGCUGUUAGAAAGUUUCUUAAUAGACAACUCUUAAUCUAAUAUACUUGGCUAUGUAAGUUAUAAAUAUAUUGUUAACUGAUCUGAAAGAUUUCAGUAUUCUUAGUUUAUAAAAUUCACAUAUGUAUGGAAAAUUAUUGGGGGCCUCCUCCCUGCUCCGCGGUCCCUGAAAUUACGCUAAAUGAAGCCUGUUCUAAAUCGCCAUCUUUGAUAAUCAAGUUUUUGGCGGGAAUAUAUUGUGUUGAGCGGUUCUACCUAUCAAACAUGCUACAUAUACUUCAUUUAAGAUCUUUUGUAUCGCUACUGUAUAUGGUUUAAUCGUCAAUCUGGGCUUGUUUUACUAACGGAUUAUACAGCCUCUUAGAGUAUGUCAGCAUCAACCAAUAUAGUACUUAUAAUGUCCAUAAUUUAAACAGUAGAGAACCUAGCUAUGGCAACAAGUCAUGCUUUGCUAAUAAACCUGCAUCUAAAUAGGUUAAAGACAAUUUCUAAUGAUUUGAAUAAUGCAAAUCAUUAAAAAUUUGCAUAGCAUGACCUGUUCCUAUGGCUGGCUUUGCCACUGAAUUUAUAGAAUGUGUGACAGGAGCAACUGUGGUUGUGCAAGAAUGUGCCAUGCUAAAUCGUGGAAAAUCUGUAUCUUAUCAUAAUGGUGUAACCUUGCACUCCAUGGAAUAGAACUGUCUGAUACAAAGGUGUAAAUUGUGGUGCGCGGUGGGGACCACCGCUGUUAUGCAAAAUAUGAAUUUGUUGGAAAUUUUACCCUGAAAACACCUAAAAACAGAGAAGUUUAAUUGUGAAUUGCACUUUUCAUGGAAAUCCAAAAUACAGUCCACUGUAACUUCUUUGAAUUGAUAAAACCCAAUCGUGCUUGCACAAAAAGUAUGUUGAUUAGUAUUGACAUGCAAACUGAUCUAAUUUACACAAUGAAUAUUUCUAUAGUUGACAAGUGAUGAGAUAACUGACCAAGAACAAGACACUGAUCUGCUGGGAAAAAGGUAAUUAAUUGAUUAUGAUGAAUGGUACGUGAUAAGUCAAGUGAACAGAGACAACCAAAUAUUGGUCAACAUCCCCCCCCCUGUCCCUGACAUUACUAAUAGUCUUGGGAAAUUCUGUCUGGACUCUGGAGUAGAAAUUAUUAAAUAUUAUAAUACAUAAAUUGUAGAUAUGUUUUGUAACCACGCCCACAUGAGCACACCCAUUUGUUGGAGAAUUCAUUUCACUGUGUGACUUUAAUGACUUCUUAACUUAGAAGUAACAGGCUGCAAUUUCCCCCAUAGCUUGACCUGGAUGUACUUCUCUUCAAAACGGCUUAACCCUCCAUCAUCUUUUUUGCCUACCCCCUGGCUUAAAAAUUUACUCUAUCACCAGGGAUUUUGGAGAAGAUUCAGACGGGACCAAGUCAGUUGAAUCUGAAAGUGCAAGUGAAGAAGAAAGCAGUAACGAUAAAGACAGCAGUACAGGUACAUUUUUUAUUCACUUCAGUGUACCAUACGUCAAAUUUUCUUCCUAUUGUCAUGAUACCGCUUCCAGGCUACUCCAGGGCAAAAUACCUAGGAUAAAAUGUUCAUUUUUGAAUUGAGUAUUGUUUCACCCAUACAACUUUAUUUGACAAUGAGUCUUGUUCUAAGGAAAUGGUUCAGGUUAACAUGGAACUACAGUAUUCUAUAAGUGUAAAUCACUAAAUCUUUUUACUCUAAUUGAAUUUUAGUUUCUGUCUAGUUACCGUUGGUUUUUUUUCAUAGAUGAAAUUGUAGUUCCUGUAAAAAUCUCGCCAAGGUGUGAUGUAUGUGGUUUACUACAUUUCAAAAGCUAUCGCUGUGUGACGAGGAUUUCAGCCCCAGCAUACAUUCGGCAAGCAUUUGAUGACAACUAUCAGAAACUCCGCGUGUGUCGUAAGUGCCUCGCAUCCAAAGAAAAUUGCGUGGAGAAUGUAGCCAUAUCUAAUCUGGUUCGCUACUCUGAUAAAAUCCGGCAGAUGAAAAUACCCCUCGGUAUGACGAGCGAUCGAAGAACAAAACCUUUCGAGUUCGUGGUUCGUGAUUUGCAACAGUUAAAAGAUGUUCGUAGACAUGGUGAAAGUUCCAGGGACACAUCUUGGCUAGAUCUGCAAUCCUACUCCCCUCUCCUCGAUAGCUCAGCCCAAGCACCACGCAGGACUUUGCUGCAAAGAUUUCAAGUGGAUGAUCCUAUACAAAAGAAUUUGUUCUUGAAAGAACUGAAUCUGUAUUCAACGGAUUUUCUCAGGAAUAUCGCUGGAAAUAACGAGAAUGAUGUACAUGGUGGUGAAACAGCAAAUGUGGUAGGAAACCAGCAGAGCAAUGGUGAUAACGUCGAGAUGGAUUUCAUUCAGUCAGAAGGCAGUGAAAAGUCUCUCUAUCACGUGGCCGCCAAAAAUGUUAUGGCGACAAAUGUUCCUGAGAAGAAGAUUGGAGAGAGUUUCGGCGCACGCAAGGGAGUCAGUCAUGAGCUGGUGAUGAAUACUAAACGUGCAUGGAAACCCAACAAGAAAUAUGAUGAUCUUAGAAAAGUUGGCAAUCCCAGUAUCAAGAAAGGAAUAAAGCAGCGUGGACAAAAACCUGCUGGUGAGUUAAGAAGCGACUGUGUGUUAAUUUUAGGUAAAAAAACCCACUUGCAUUUUGAAAUGUACUUCAUCGGUUAAAUCUUGAACUGAAGGUUGUUGAUGAGCGUUGGCUGUGAUCAGUGUGGUGACUAAACAUAGAACAACUCGGGAGUCAGGAGGGUCUUCAGCCUCAAAAAUACAAGAGCGUAAUUCCGGCGUUUUAAGUGAAAACGCGGCUCCUACGGGCAACCGAACCACUUUAUCCGCAAUUGCACUCCCCAACCCUGGAAAUAAAGUUAUUCCUUAGUUAGGCUGGAAUAAAUAUAAUUUUUCUUUUCUUUUAAGCCAAAAAAGAAGCUCCUAGCGAAAAAACGGGUGAUACGCCUGAGAAAAUCCGAACAUGUGGGAUAAACUGCGCAGUCUGUGAUAAUCAUGUCCAGAAAUCAUAUAGCUGUUGUAAUAUACAAACUGCACCAGAGAAGUUUAAGCAUCUCUUCACGCCUGGUAUUGUACGCUUGAAGAUAUGCCGGAAGUGUAUACCUUAUAAGAAAGUCGUCAAAUUGGAUGAAACUGUUGUUAUAAAGAAGAAAAUGAAAGUUAAACAGAAACGAGGUCGUAAACCAACAAAGGUUGUGAAACCUACAACCGUUGUCAAGGUGAUCUCACGUGAUGUGGCCAUGUUGACUACGGAUGAUCCGAAAAUUCAUUUGAAAAAAGAACCAGAUAGCUUAACUCAUGAACCGUUCACCGCCAUUCUGAAUCCAGAACAUACAACUGUUUACAAUGUUACUCAUCCACAAGUGGUAAACGGCGUGGAAAGCAUGGAUUAUAGUUGAGUCAUGAGAAUUGAUUACAUAUAAACUGUAGAACAACCGCAGGAGUAUUAACGAUUAUGCACAUUAUCGCAAUGUUGUCGAUUUCUUGAAACAAUUUCAAUGUUAUAUAUGAUUAUAAUGGGUAGGCAUCAAAUGCAUAUGAACGGAUUCUGAGGUUUCUAAGGGAAAAGCGUAGGUGGAAUAUGGGGUUCUAUUUCAAGAAAUAAAAAGUUGUGAUUCAUCAAACAUGAUUUAUAUAAGAAAAUAUUUUAGAUGACAUAAUUAUAUUGACAUUAUGGUAUAUGCAUGCAGUCAUCCAGUGAUGACCAACCACUUAGCAGAGGUUUGUGGAUAAAUGUGAUCAUAUUUUGAACUAUUGGAACUGUUAGAUGUCGAGAUGAUUAGGCAUAAUUGAAGCUGAGAAAAAUAAAAAGGACAAUAUAUAUAUAUGUGACUGGGGUUAGUGACACAUAUACUCUAAAUCAUAUUUUUCCAGCACGAGUACUCAUACUGAAUCAUAUUUUUCCAGCACGAGUACUCCAGAGUUACGGUUUACUGUAUUAGUAUUGCCAUGUCGUGCCCCAUGCCGAAAAAGUUGUAGAGUAAACUUAAUUGCAUAUGUCAAGUAUUUUUUGGUCGUUAUGCUACGUCCUGUUAUUCUUGUAACUUUGUUGGAAAAUUGUAGUUUUAAUAUAUUCAUAAACAUAGAUUAUUUACAUGGUGUUAUUUAAUAUUUAUUCAAAAAAUCAGUUCGAAUCAACAUCUGUAUCCAUUAUUUUAAAAAUUUGUUUAAAGUAAGUUAAAACCAACUUCGUUCAUGGGACUUUUUGGGCGCUUUGGAAGGAGGCGGAGGAAAG